AUGGGCGGUCACCUUAACCUGAGGCGCAUGACCUGCAAUGCUACUGCUGCGACCAAGGCGGGUGUCUGUCCGUGCCGUGAAACUCCUGUCAAAGCGGACCGGCUAUUCAUGCCGGCUGGACAAGUGAUCAGCUAUCGCCGAGUGGAUAUUAGCGCCCAGCCUACCCACGCAGAUGUCUGA